AACCUUUGAAGCGGUGUUUGUUUUAUGCCGGAAGUAAAAUUCGGCUGCACUGUCCUUCACUACAAGAUGUACCGGCUACUAUUUUAGAUGCUUCAGUGUGCAAGCGGACAGAAAAAGACUGCUGAUGGAGCCAUUCAGAAGUUCUAACUCUUGAGGGACAGACGUUUAAAAAGCAUGCUGUCAGGACUUGCUGCUUCAUGCCACUCUCUGAAGUGGACCUUACCUCAUUGUAAAGCCACUCUUCACAGAACUUUCUGCCUUUUAAAGCCAGAGAAAUGGAAUUUGGGCGGUGGGGUUCAGAGACAGGCUCACAUAGGGACUACAGCACCCUUAUCGAGGAUAAACCAGAGGCCAGUGUUCGCCAGAGCUCCAGCAUUCGGAGAUAAGGUUGCUAUCAUAGACAGUAGUGGAAGCCACAGUUAUAAGCAGCUGUACUACAGCAGCGUAGGUCUUGCAGGUAGAAUUAGUACCACUCUGAACUCUGGCUCUGGGGGUCUUGGUGGAAAACGGAUCUCCUUCCUGUGUGAGAACGAUGCAUCUUAUACAGUUGCACAGUGGGCGGCUUGGAUGAGUGGUGGGACGGCCGUGCCACUGUACAGAAAACACCCUCAAUCUGAACUGGAGUACAUCAUCUCAGACUCCCAGAGUUCACUGCUGGUGGCGGGGCAUCCUUACUCUGAAACCCUGGAGCCACUGGCACAAAGGAUGGGCCUGCCAUGCCUGACGCUGCCGCCGACUUCCAACCUGGACACUUUACACGAGACGGAUACCAGAGAGGAGCAGGGGGAUGUCACAGACUGGGCUGAUCGACCUGCUAUGAUCAUCUAUACCAGCGGGACCACGGGGAGACCAAAGGGAGUGCUGCACACACACAGCAACAUACAAGCUAUGGUCCAGUCUCUGGUUUCAGAGUGGGCGUGGUCCAGAGAUGACGUCAUCCUCCACACCUUACCUCUGCACCAUGUCCAUGGUAUCGUAAACAAGCUGCUGUGCCCCCUCUGGGUGGGAGCCACGUGCUUCAUGCUGCCUGACUUCCAUCCUCAGAAGGUGUGGGAGAUGCUGUUGAGCUCCAAGGCUCCCCUGGUUAAUGUGUUCAUGGCUGUGCCAACCAUCUACUCUAAGCUGAUCCAGUACUAUGAUCAGCACUUCACACAGCCUCAUGUCAAGGACUUUGUCAAAGCGGUCUGCAAGGAGAGGAUCAGGCUGAUGGUGUCCGGCUCGGCUGCUCUCCCUCUCCCCACUCUGCAGCGCUGGGAGGAGAUCACAGGACACACGCUGCUGGAACGCUACGGCAUGACGGAGAUCGGCAUGGCACUGUCCAACCCACUCAAAGGCUCACGUGUCCCAGGAGCUGUUGGGUCGCCGCUUCCUGGUGUUGAAGUCCGAAUUGUCAUGAAUAACACAAUCAACACCACAAUCGUGGAGGGCAAUCACAGAGAGACUCAGGUGCGUCCAGGUCUGGAGGGCAAAGAAGGCGAGCUCCUGGUCCGAGGUCCGUCCGUCUUUAAGGAGUACUGGAACAAACCUGAAGCCACCAGAGAGUCCUUCACUGACGACGGCUGGUUCAAAACAGGAGACACAGCGGUCUACAAAAACGGCGUGUAUUGGAUCAUGGGACGCACCAGUGUCGACAUCAUCAAGAGCGGCGGCUACAAGAUCAGUGCUCUCGAAGUGGAGCGCCACCUGAUGUCUCAUCCAGACAUCAUCGAUGUGGCUGUCAUUGGGGCCCCUGAUGCCAUUUGGGGUGCAAAGGUCACUGCGGUGGUGCAGCUGAAGGAGGGGCGGAGCAUGAGUCUGCCUGAGCUGAAGAUCUGGGCUAGGGAGCACAUGGCGCCCUACACCAUUCCCACAGGCCUGCUGCUGGUGGAGGAGAUGCCGAGGAAUCAGAUGGGCAAGGUCAACAAGAAGGACCUCCUGCGACACUUCUUCCCAUGACUGGACCGACUUGUACAUCCACAACAACAUGUCGGUGCCUGGUUGGAGAGCUGAAGCUGGGUGUCACUUCCUGGUUGGACAGACCUGGUCCUAUGAUUGGACCAAGAUUACUUACAAGGGAAACUCAAAGCAAUGAAGACUUGAAAAUGACUAAACCUUGAGGGUAACUUGAUCAAACACUGCUGCGAGGCUAAUUCUAGCAUUGUUACUGUUUAGGAGGCAAAUUGCAGCUGAAUCUACAAAAGUGCCAAUUUACAGUUGUGCUCAUAAGUUUACAUACCCUGGCAGAAUUUGGGAUUUUUUUUGGCCAUUUUUCAGAGAAUAUGAAAGAUAAGAGAAAAACUUUU